CCCUCAAAAACCGGUCGGAUCCUUGACCUAGAUCCCACCAUUCUGUGACUGCGAUCCUUGAGGCCUCAUAGACCCUCUCUCUCUCUCUCUCUCUCAAUUACUGUCGCGCGAAAUCUUCAGCAAUCGAGGGAGAUUCCAUUUUCUCUCCAGUCUUCACUUUGAUGAGAAGCUCUUGAUGCGCUAGGGUUUAUACUGCUCUCAGAAGAUGGAUAACUGGUUUCUCUAGAUUAGGGGUCUUUAUGGAGAGUGCAUCUAAUCAAGCUUUUGAUUCAGAUGAAGAUGAGAGGUGCUUGUCAAUUGAAAGCUACUGUCAGAACGAAUUCACUGAUGAAGAAAUAUGCAAAAAUAUGAAUCUGUGUGUCAAUGAAGAUGAAAAGAUAUUAGAACAACCAAUUGAAAAUUUUACCUCCAGUGAUAAUGGCCAAGAACCUCAGAUUGGUAUGGAGUUCAAUUCAAGAGAAGAAGCCAGAGAGUUUUACGUUGCUUAUGGCAGGCGUACAGGCUUUACCGUACGAAUUCAUCAUAAUCGGCGUUCUCGAAUCAAUAAUACGGUUAUUGGUCAAGAUUUUGUGUGUUCAAAAGAGGGCUUUCGUGAAAAGAAAUAUGUUCAUCGGAAAGAUAGGGUUCUUCCUCCACCACCUAUCACCAGAGAAGGCUGUCCUGCAAUGCUUAGGGUAGCUCUUAGGGAUAGUUUGAAGUGGGUUGUUACCAAAUAUGUAAGGGAUCACAAUCACAGUUUAAUGUGUCCUAGUAAAGUUCCAUGGCGAGGAUCCGGAAAAAAUAUGAUCAGUGAGAAAAAAUUCUUAGGUUUUGGUAGCGGAAAACAGAUGAAAUACAUUGAGGAUGAGAAGGAUCAAAGAAUUCGAGAGCUGACCCUUGAACUUUACAAUGAGAGACAACGAUGUAAACGCCGGUGUGCAGCUUACCAGGAGCAGUUGCAAAUGGUGUUGAAAUUUGUUGAUGAACACUCCGAUCACUUAUCAAGAAGCGUUCAAGAUAUGGUCCAGCGAAUCAGAGAGCUUGAAGAUGAAGAUGUAGAUGUAUCAGAUUAGCGUCGGUACAUUGUGUAGGAAUUUUCUUGUCGGUUUAUUAGUUUUUUCACUUCUUUUUGUUAAUCUAAUGUGAGCUUUACUAUAUUCUAAGCCUCGAUUAAUCGGUUCAGUUUAUGCAAGGUUGGAUUGAAUAUAUUUUGAUGAGAACCUAUGAGGUUGAUCUGUGUAGCA